CAGAGUAUACAGAGUAGAUCUUCUUCCAGAGCGGAGGACCGAACGUUCGACCCCGGUCUCUUGCCCGUCCGCCUUGUCCGCCAAAUAACUACCUAGGUACAUCCGUACUUCGCGGGACUCCACAUUUUCGCCCCCACGUUUUCCAGGUUGUCUCUCAACUCCUCCUCGUCGCAUACAACGUACUCGUCCGUAUAUACCUACUCCGUACUACCCUCCCGACUCUCCGUUGGUCCGCCCCGGUCCUUGGAAACACCCAACUCCGCAACGCUGACCCGGUUGAGAACGAUGAAGGGAUUUGGCAUGAAUCGUGUCCUGGGGACCAUCAAGAAGAGGACAGGGACUGGAUUCGGGCAGAAUGCGAACGACGCAGCUUCAUCGCAGGAUGAAACCCCCGAAGCCACUGCGGUUCGGAACGUGAAAGCAUUUUGCGAAUCGGAAGCUACGAACCAACAGGACGAUGAGGUUCUGUUUCUCCCUCUUAUCGUCGACGCUGCCGAGUCCGCGCCAGCUGCCGCCGCCGAAUGUGCUCGAUAUAUCCGCAAGUACCUCUCGAAAGACUAUAAUUCGAAGCCCGGCUACCAAUACAAUGCCAUCAUGCUCCUUCGCAUUCUGUCCGAUCACCCUGGCCGUGAUUUUACUCGGAACUUUGACAAGAAGUUCGUCGACACUGUCAAGGAUCUGCUUAGGCUGGGUCGGAACAACAACGUCCGCCAUAUGUUGAUGGAGACGUUGGAGAACUUCGAGUCCACCAAGAUGAAUCACGAGGGUAUGCGUGGUCUUGUUGCGAUGUGGCAGAAGGAGAAGGCUCGCGGCUUGACAUACCAAGGGGGAUCGCCUCUACCGCAACGCCAGGCCCAACCCCUGCCGAACCAUGAUCCCGCCCCCGCUCAAAACUACUUCGCCCGUCAUCACACAAGCAGGACGCUGCCCAACCCCGUUGAGCUCGCGAGUCGCCUGGAAGAGGCACGAAACUCGGCCAAGCUGCUGAUCCAGUUCGUCAACAACACUCCUCCUUCCGACUUGCUUCAAAACGCUCUCGUCAGGGAAUUCGCCGACAGGUGCCAGAGCGCCUCUAGAAGCGUGGAGAUGUACAUGAAAGCCGAGAACCCGGCUCCUGACAACGACACCAUGGAAAGCCUCAUCGACGUCAACGAACAACUCCAGACCGCCCUCAACCAACAUCAACGGGCUGUGCUCGCGGCGCGUAAGCAUCUCGGCCUCCACACGAACAGCCACUCGAACCCCUCUUCCCCUCAAUUGUCCAACCAACAGGCCCCGCCUCUAGCUCCUAGCAGCAGCAACAGUCCACCCCAGCUCCAGACCUAUCCGUCGUCCUCAUCCUCCUCCCGCGGGCCACCAACAGAACCUCCCCGCAGCCGUAAGCCGCCCCCAAAAUCCAAGGGCAAGGAGGUCGAGCAGUCCGCAUCCCCGACAGGCCCUCCACCGACCGGAGCUUCUUCUUCCAAUCCCAAUGAGAGGUCCUCCGGGGAGGGCGCGGCCGCUGACGACCCAUUCCGGGACCCGCAAUCGCAGUCGACGACCCACUACCCGCCAGAGAAUACAGGGUUGCCUCCGAGGGCUACGUCCUCUUCCUCUUCCGAGGACGGAUCUUCCGGCCCGCGACGACUCGCCGAUGAGUCGUUUCAUCCUCGUUUUGGCGACAGAACGGCGAGCUACGGCGCCCGCCAGGAUAGUGCAAUGAACAAUGUGGUCAUGCACGGCGCAGGUGUGAGCCAAGGUCAGCGGGGCACAAGUCGCAGUGUUCGAAACGAUGAUGACGAUCUUUACGAGGCCGACGACUUGCCUAGAUCGAACCCCAGGCGGUAGAGACUUGCCAUCUCACUGGCCAGGCAUGGGUUAUCAGGUCGUUUCGGCUGUUCUCGAAUGGCAUAGCCAUAGACUUGGGUGGUUGCGCCUAUUUUGCUUGUUUAUUUUGGUUUUUUUUUUCCUCUCUCUCUCUCUCUCUCUCUCUCUCUCUCUCUCUCUCUGCUCACGACCCUUUCAUGUUGGAUAUGGGAUACGCGAUUUUUCCCGGGUAUUUUGGACAUGUACAACUUGAUGUUUGGACAUUUCGACACUGGGCAUAGCAGCGACCGCAGAGCAACCGACAGCCGUCAGUUCAGGAGGUAAAUUCACGUGCAAUAUGGGACAAAGCAAUACUGGUCCAACUGGAUAAGGUACCUUAUCUAUCAUGAAGAUUCUUGCAUUUCACUUUCACUACACGCCUAACUGGUUUACUUACUCGGCAUACCUACCCGUAACUUCGUACUUUAAAUAGCCCCCUGAAUGCAUUUACGGCGUUGGCGCCCCG